CGGUUCACGCGCUCAGUGGAAGAUGCGGAGUCCGACUCAGCGCGUUUCACGCACGGUGUCUGAGCACGGCGAGCCAGAGGGCACGUUACGUAAGCGCGCAGCCGCCACAGCAGGCAUUUAAACCGUGAGUGUGCGAAGCUGCCACGACUGAAAGUUUUCCUCCAGCGGGAGCGGCAGCACCUCCACCUCCAGCCCGCACUCUUCGUCUCCUCUCUCAUCUCUCACCUUCCUCUUCGUCACCAUGUCCUCCCGCAACAACGGUGCGCGCUUCGACGAGGCCCGGAGGGUGGCGAUAUUCGGCGGAACGCACGGCAACGAGAUGUCCGGCGUGACGCUCGUGAACCUGUGGGUGAAGAACGGCGCCGAGAUCCAGAGGAAGAUGGUGGAAGCCAAACCCUUCAUCACCAACCCGCGGGCCGUGGAGAAAUGCACCCGGUACGUGGACACGGACCUGAACCGAGCCUUCACCCCGGAGAACCUCAGUGCCCCCGGAGGAGGUGAUUUGCCCUACGAGGUGCAGAGAGCCCAGGAGAUCAACAGGAUAUUUGGACCCAAAGGAAGCCCGGAGGCCUACGAUGUCAUCUUUGACCUCCACAACACAACCUCCAACAUGGGCUGCACCCUGAUCCUGGAAAGCUCCAAAGACCACUUCAUUCUGCAGAUGAUGAACUACAUCAAGAAAGCCAUCGCUCCAGCGAGUUGUCUUGUUCUGCUGAAUGAACAUCCUCUUCUAAAGUAUUCCACUUCACGCUCUGUGGCCAAGCACCCUGUUGGUCUGGAGGUGGGUCCUCAGCCUCAAGGUGUAUUGAGGAGUAACAUCUUUGAAGCUAUGAGGGUGAUACUGAAACAUGCCCUGGACUUCAUCGAACUGUUUAAUGAAGGAAUGGAGUUCCCUCCCUGCACGGUGGAAGUUUUCCGGGUCUUAGAGAGGAUCGACUACCCCAGAGAUGCCAAUGGGAACAUCAUUGCCAUGGUGCACCCCAAUCUGCAGGACGGUGACUGGGAGCCGCUGAACGCCGGUGACCCGAUGUUCCAAACGUUUGACGGGAAGACCAUCCACUACCAGGGCUCCGGCACCGUCUAUCCCACUUUUAUUAACGAAGCAGCCUAUUAUGAAAAACAACAGGCCUUCGUGACCACCAGACGAGAAACCUUGGUAUCGAGUGCCACCAGAAAAGCAUGAAAACUGCUGUCUGUGCUCGUGAACACAUGUGGUAGCCAUGGCAACAAACUGUGUGUAGAUUUUGCACUUUGUUCUGUUAGCAACUGACAGACUUUUCCUCACUUAAUGACUAGAUGCCAACGUUUACGCACUGAUUUCAUUUCUUCAUGCAUUUACUAUCAUAAAAAACAAUUUACUAUGCAAAGAGAACCUGUGGAGGCUUUGCAAAGAGUCACUGUGAACGUCUUCGAUCUGAAGACUGGUGUAUUGUUGUGGUUAGUGUUUAUGAUACGGUUCUUAUUUCAGAAUAUAUUUACAUUACAUCAGCUACGUUUUGUAUGAUAUUAAAGACCAGGUCUAAUCACUGAUGAAUUAUGAAUCUUUACACAACACUUUAAGUUUCCUACUACUGCUCAGGAAGGCCAACAAGGAUCAUAACCUGCAACCUUUGACCCCAAACUGUCGUUGUUUGUCUUCUUCUGAAAAUAUAUUUGUAACAUCUGUCGGAGGGUGUUUGUGGCCUUUGAUACUACCUACCUGUAACUCUAGUGGUUGCAUCUGUGGUGCUGUCCUAUCACUGCCUUAAUGGAGAUUUCUGAGAAAAUUGCACAACAAAUUAAGAGUGGAAUUUGUAGAUUAUUCGUGUUGGAUAACAAAAAUAUACUUUUGAUAAGAAACGGUACAUGUCCUGUUCCUCUAUACAAAAUGGGAUGCAGUUUUAAAAGUGUUUUAUAGUAAUAUAUUUGUGUGUAAUUUGAUAUACUUGUACUGUAUAUUUGUUUUAAGUGAUCUUUAGACUCGUUGAAUCGUGGUAUGCAUAUGUACUUUCUAAUGUCUUAACGUCAUUGUUGUCUCAAAGUGUGUCGCUGUUGUCUUAACGGUAAUUCAUUUUCAUCAGCAAUAUUUUUUUGGUAGCACAAUUUAUAUGAUUAGUCCACCUCACUGUCCUUGAAAUCCUGUGGAAAAUGAUCCGAUCAAUAAAUAUAGUACUGUGCUA